AUGUUGUACCGCGAUAGUCUGAGAAGCUCGAAAUCUGACAAGACAUCGACUCGAGCCACCAGCGACGAAGCAAAAGUAUCCCUCUCCGCGUUUAGUUUUCUUUUUUCGGAGCUGUGCACCCGAGCACAUAAUACACCGUCGAAAGCCCGCGACAUAGAGGAGAUUGAACAGCGUUUGACAAAUCUCGGUGCGUUGGUCGGUGCGAGGCUCAUUAUGCUGUCCUCUUUAAAAGACCCACUGGAACUACAGCGGCGUCCCGUCACCAUUGAGGGGGCUCUGAAGCUCUUCCAGGACAAACUGUGGUCCCGCUGGUUCGGCAAACCUGCCAGUGACCUCCAGCGGGAGGGCGGCUCUGAUCGGUUUUUCCUCUUUGAUAGUGACCCUAUUGUUCUAAAGUACGUGUACCCGUCACCAGAGUACGUGGACGGGGAGGGGCGGUGGAGCGUCAGCUAUGCAAGUUUCAUGGGUGGUAUCAUUGAAGGGGCCCUCAAGGCCAUUGGAUUCGCCGCAGAAGUACUUACGUACCACCAACCGGAGCCUGGCAAACCGCAUCAAUCGAUUUUCGCAAUCUCAUUUCCUCAGCAUGUGUGGGACCGCGAGCGGCGUGUGCGUUUAUGA